UCUAUUAUUGUUUACUCGAGCUUUUUGUGCUCUAGCAGUGCAGUCAGUUAAGAUUUUAAGGACAGGGACCAGGCAGGCUUGGUUAGGCUACACUUUUAGACGAACUCCCGUGUGUUUCAACGUUUCUUUGUGAUGGCUAAUCCUCAACCACAACCCCCAGCUGUAAAUGGGGAUGGAAAUAUUGUCUAUGAUCAGAAGAAGCAUUUCGCAAAAGGAUUUAUUGACGCUUCUCUGAUGGUAGCAAACGCAGGGCGCCUAGACACUCUCCUCCAGACCACCACACAUGAUGUGAAGUUCUACGUGGUUCUUGUUUUACUUAUAAUGUGUGUGGUACUACAGCUGAUUUUGGCCUGGAUGCUUUGGUUCAAUUCGAUGUACGGUAAGAUUGAGCCCGGUCCGGUUCCUACACUGGAAGACUGUCUCAGUGAUGCUGAACUGUUCGAACAAGCACAAAAAAGACGCGCAAAGAGAAUUAACAACAGAGAUAUCGCCAAAAAACUCGAUGACGGUGCGGACCUCGCUCUACUUUUUAUACUUAUUCUCAAUAUUUUCAUCACAGCAUUUGGAGCCAAAGGGUCUUGAACAUCAUUAUGUACGCUGACGUUACGGUACGUACGGCUAAUUGACUGGAUGUUCAUUCCAAUUUACAGUAAACCUUCCAUUUUUGAAUAGGAGACAAUCUUGCCAGCUGGUUGCAUCUGGGCCGCUAACGCGACACUCAGCGUUUUAAGCUAUGUAACAUUGUCAAAUUUGAACUAUUGUGUGAUUUUAUUUCAUUUACAUUUUUGUUUUAUUUCUCAUUGUGAUUUGUACUUUGCCAAACAACUUCACAUAGAAGUCCAAAAUGAAACUGAAUUUUUAAGCGUGCAUCAGAAGCUUUAAAUAUUGCAUAAGGCCUCGUGGAAUGUCAUAUACUUGUAGGUCUAAUAUUAAUUGCCAAUGCAAAAUCUCUAUUUUUCCUAAAAAUCAAUUGUAUUCAUUAUUUUGUUGUUUUUUUUUUGGCGAAACCUUCACGAGUUAACAGUUUGACAUCUACCAAAGGAGGUCACUACUUGGGGGUGUAUCGCACAGCACAUAACUAGUUCAGAUUUGAUGCAAACGAUUCUACAUAUAGAUUUGACUGUUGUGUGUUUUCUGUUUUUUUUUCGUUUUGCAAAAAAAUAAAAUAAAUAAAUAAAUAAAAAAAUAACACUUCAUGUGAUCAAAACCAGUCUUAUUCAGGCAAUCUUUAGAUGCCAUGUUUCUGUUGUGCAAAUAAAAUGAGAUUUCGUUUUGAAGAA